CCGGUAGCACAGAGGCGAAAUCCAACACUGUUUUCUCUCCUAUUUUCUCUCUCUUCUCUUAUCAAUCUCAAUUUCUCCGCCGCAUAUUUCGCGACGCCGUCUCGGCGAGCUCAGGCGAGUUGUUUUACCUAUAACGACGCUUCGAUUGCUCCAAUCUCGGGGAUAUUUUCAUGGUUUUCUUGAUGAACACGGGCGAGACGGCGCGUGAAUUGCACUGGCAAAGAGACAAGGCGGCGCCGGUGAAGGUGGAGGUGGUCUCCGAUGAUCAAUUGGCGGAGGAGUACGGCCGAGUCAACAAACGAUCCAAGCUCUCUUCCCCCCUCCUGUAUCAGGGAGGAGUUGGAUCCACUGAUUUUAUUGUACCUCCAGCACAGUAUAACCCUCUAGAUGAGCCAAGCCCAUUGGGGUUGAGUUUAAGAAAAAGCCCAUCACUUUUGGACUUGAUUCAAAUGAGGCUUUCUCAGGGGAAGGUGGUGCCAAAGGUUGGGAAAAGAGAACAAAGGGGCAGUUCUAGUACUACAGAGAAGUUAAAGGCGUCUAAUUUUCCUGCAUCAGUUCUCACUAUUGGCAGCUGGGAGUAUAAGUCAAGGUACGAAGGGGAUUUAGUGGCAAAGUGUUACUUUGCUAAGCAUAAACUGGUGUGGGAGGUUCUUGAUGGAGGUCUCAAGAAUAAGAUUGAAAUCCAAUGGUCUGACAUUAUGUGGUUAAAGGCAGUUUACCCAGACGAUGGGCCUGGAACUUUUGAUGUUGUGUUGGCGAGGCAACCACUUUUCUUUAGGGAGACGAACCCGCAGCCGAGGAAACACACUCUUUGGCAAGCGACUUCAGAUUUUACCGGUGGGCAGGCUAGCGUAUGCAGGCGCCACUUUCUGCAGUGUCCACAAGGCCUGUUAGGAAGACAUUUUGAAAAGCUGAUUCAAUGUGAUUCCCGUCUGAACGUUCUAAGCCAACAAGCAGAGAUACAACUGGAUUCCCCUUAUUUUGAAUCUAAACGGCCUUCAAUGUCAAUAUUUGAAGACCCAGGAGAGAGUGUGACCACCACUGGGUCUGAAAAUCCCACAUUCCUCACGGAUUUAUGUGACACCAAUUCACCUUCAGGGGCUUCCUCACGGAGCGAACAAGAUCCUUUCCAUCAGUCUUUGGAAUCUUUUCGACACGAAGCUCCUUCUCCAUGUUCAGUGACGGAUACGCGGGCAAUUGAUGAUAUCAAAAGUGGAGGAGUCGAAGAAUGUGCGGGACUAAGCUUCGGGGUCCCGGGGCUACACCCAUCCAUGUCAAUGAGUGAUCUCGUGACCCAUCUCGAACAACGGGCUUCAGAGCAAAACCCCGCGUCCUUCUCGAAUGAGGAACGCCACAGCUUGGAAAUCCUCGAAGAGAUGAAACAGUUUUUGUUCAGCGACACACAGCCACCCUCAUCGGACGAGAACUCUCUCAUAUCUCGGGUCAACUCUCUCUGCUCCCUUCUUCAGAAGGACCCUCCUGCAGGGGACACUCUCCAUCUUCACAAUGACAGUACAGCAACAAUGGGAGAUAGUAAACCAGAGGAAGGUGAAGACCAUACCCGGUCUUCAUUGACUCGAAAGGACUCGGACGGGGAUCUGUUGCAUGGUUUGCCGAGAGUUGCGUCUAUGCCCCAGUUCUUCUUCAACGUUGCUGAAGGUUCUAAUUAUCCUCGAGCUAGGUGAGUAAGAGACAGGGGACUUGUUUGUGCUUGUGAAUAUAGCCCUUUUUAGUGACUUUAUUAUGACACAUGUGUGUGCUAAUCUAGGAAUUGAUUUUGUUUCUCCCAGAUGAUAUCUGUCCUCCUUUUUCUUUACAUUUGUGGUGUCAAAGUCCUCAGAAGAAUGACAUUAGUGGUUGAACAUUUUUUGUGGUUGAUGUAAAUGGGGUGUGGGGGCACAACCAUAAUUAUAAGUGGUGACUACACUUGUGAUUAGGAUAAACACAUGCUAAUGCUUCUUCUGGGUUCAGAGAGACAAUAGUUAAUAAGAGCAUGGAUGAUGAUUGGUGAAAAGCUUCUUUUUUUG